UCAGUUCGAGUGCUUGGAGACUUCACUUCGCGUUUGGAGGAUCAGAUCCACGUUGGUUUUUGGCUUCAAUUACCCACAACUGUCAUCGUCAGCUCACCAGCGACUUGCUACCCAACUAAAUAAUAAGAUAAUCACACUCCCCGCGCUCCCCUCCCUCUCUCUCGGUCGUGCUUGUGCGUCCCGCGAUUAAAGAAAAUCAGUAAACGAAUUGAAAAAGCACAAGGAAAACUGGCAGAGUUUUCCUCUCGCAGCUGAGAAAAACCGCAGGACGCAGCUCAGCAGCGUCGUCGUGUGCGUUGUGCCCAAGAAAAAGAAAAAAAAUCUUGAAACAUAAAAAAAGAAAUCCUGUAAUAUCGCAGCGAAAAACCGUAAAGCGCCACAAAUAACGAAGGAAAACGAGGAAAAACAACUGCGUCGUGCACCAUUUUGUGAUAUAUUAUUUGCCCUCCUCCUUCUGCAACGAUCCCUGUGCAAUUCUCUGUAAAAGAAAAAAUUUAAAUAAUUAUUACUAGCAACCAAUUGAAUUUCUGCGAGACCAACAUAACAUACACACACACACAAAUUUCCAACAACUGUGAUCCGAACAAAGCUCUAAGUUUUUGUUUCAAGCCUGUGUAAUUUCCACCCGAAACGAAUUUGGAAAAACUCGUAGUACUCCGAAUUAUUUGCGGCAGUCACGAAGUAAACACAAGCGCAGCCUAAUAAUUGGACGAACUGAUUAAACAACAGUUAAAACAAGCACCGCAAAAACAAACUGCGGAUCAACAGUUGCCAGUUGCGAGUCGCAAGUUGUAAGUUUGUCAGUUGCGAGUUGCAAGUUGCUAGUUGCUAGUUGCACGUUGCCAAUUUGAAAUUGCACGCUUCCACGACUGAGAGCAGGAAGGAAAGGAGCCGCUGCCGCAGCAGGAAGCAGACGAAACUUCGCUGGGCGAAAGUAAAAAGCAGCUGGGCAAAUCAAGCAAAUCAAACAAAGAAACCGACCGCACACACACACAAAGGCGCUCUAGCCAGCCAUGGAACGUGAAUCCAACCCAAUGCAACCCAUGUGCCGCUCCGGUUGCGGCUUCUAUGGUAAUCCAGCCACAGAUGGUCUCUGCUCCGUAUGCUAUAAGGACUCGCUUAGAAAAAAGCAACAGCCACCUGUGAGCAGCACACCUGUCUCCGUUCCAAGCCCACAACCUAGCCCCACAUUCAGUCCGGCCAUCGCAAUCACCAACACCGCACAGCCCACAGUCACCAGUUUACAACAGCCACACAACGAUGUCAAAGAGAAAAUCACCGAAGAAGCCGCCGCUGCUGCCAAAGUCAACAGCGAAGCCAUCACAUCGGCGACUGGUCCAAACACUUCCACACAAGCCGCCUCCGCCAACGAGGAGGAUGACAAGGACAAGGAGGACGAUAAGGAUGCCAAAAAGAAGAAGAAUCGAUGUGGCGAGUGCCGCAAGAAGGUUGGACUGACCGGUUUCCAGUGUCGCUGCGGCGGUCUGUACUGCGCCGUGCAUCGUUAUUCUGAUAAACAUAACUGCACAUUCGAUUACAGAGAGCACGGCGCACAGGAGAUCCGACGCAACAAUCCGGUUGUCGUUGGCGAGAAGAUUCAAAAGAUUUGAAUUUCGAUAUUGUGCCAGUAACAGUAACAGUAGCCGUAGAAUGAUAAUAACCAACCUACACAUAAUAAGAGUACAUAUAUAUACAUAUGCUGCGCUGCGCUAUAACAAGAAAAAUCAACAACAACCAUAUAAAACAGCAGAAAGCAUUAACACACACACGCCACACACCACACACGACAGCAACACAAAAACACACAGAGAGUAAUACUAUAAAAAUCGAUAUAAAUCGUAAUUGUAAUGUAAUUAUAAUGUAAACAGCAAAGGCAAGCAACAAUAGUACAGAGAAACGAUAACCAAAUACCCCGCAAAAGUGCAACAACAACUGGAACAACAAUUUCGAUGCUCAACAACAACGUUAAGCUAGCAACGUCCAGCAGCAACCUGCAGCAGCAACGAGCAACUAGCUACAUGCAACAUGCAACAGCAAGCAGCGUUUGGCAGUUAAUAACAACACCUUUGUACAUCUUGAACCAGACGCAUCUCAGCGUUAGCAAGUGCAACAACAAUCAUCGCCGCCGGGAAACAACAACCGCAGCAACAUCAACAACAACCAGCACAACCGAUUGCCUUGGUCGCCUGCUGAGCUGGGCCGAAAAAAAAACCGUUUUGAAGAAAAACACCAUUCAUCGAUUAACGUUGAAAUAUUUUGUUAUUCCAAAUACAAUUUGCAAAUUGUUUGUAUUUAGCUAAAAACACACCGCCCCACAUUUACAACGACAAGAAGCACACAACAAAGAACAACAAACCCUUGUUUCAUGUUACAUACAACGCAACAACAAUUUAAGUAAGACGAUGUGUGUCAUUUGUUUUUGUAAUAUGUUGGAGUGUAUAAAAACGAAAAAAAUUAAGUGAAUUCAAAAUGCUAAGUAUGAAAGGAAAUUUUAAGAGAAAUUUAACAAGCCCAAAUUCACAUACAAAAAGCAACCAAGCAACCAACUCUUUCUCAAUUCUUAAUUAUCAGCUACUAAAUGAAAAAAAAACAAAAAACAAAUAUAUAUUAAUUAAUUAUGUAUAUGUAUUAAAAAAAGAAAAAGCAAAGAAAAAAUAUGCAAAACUAAGCGUAAAAAAACAAAGCCCUCACCACAAAAAAAAUGUAAAAAAAAAACCUGAAGAAAAGAAACCAAGAAUAACGCAGUUGUGUAGAGCUCCUUAAAAAAGUUUCCUAAAAAUUUAAAAAUCCACGACCACGCUAUACACGAGCGAGAGAGAGAAUAGCUAGAGAGAGUGAGAGAGAGCGAGAAGGAGCAGCGCGUUUAGUGUAAAGCAACUUGGAGCAUAACAACUCCCUAUACAUAGAAAUCUAAAUAUAAUUAUAAUUAAUUAGUGAAUCAAAGCAGGCGAAUGCAGUGCAAGCGGCGUUUUUCUUCGUUUUACCUUUUGCCCCUCCUGUCUCCCCUAUAACAUUAAAUUGAAUUGAUUUUAAUUUUCUGAUUUUCGAUGAAUUAUAUAUAUAUAUAUGCAUAAUAUUAACUAUAUAUACAUCUAUAUAUGGUAGGAUAUGUAAAUCGUGUGACGCAUCUACAUAUAUAGUUUUUCUUUGGGUAUAUGCACAUUAAAGCGAAAACAAAAUGGUAAAAACAACCAGCUAAAUACACAUAUUCUAUCUAUAUAUAUAUAGUGGUAACAAAGCAAAUUCAGCAAAAAUGGCAAACAAAAAAAUGCAAAAAAUACAAUAAAUAUAUAUGGUUCGUCUUUAGAUUUGUAUUGCUUUAAGCGUUAUUUAGUUUUUCUUUGUUUAUAUUAAAACACACAUGCGUACACAACAAACAACAAAACCCCUUUUUAAUUUUGCUUUCUUCAUUCUGUAGUACAUAAUUUAAAUUUUUAAUCAAACCAAUUACACCUAUGCAAAUAAAUUUAAAUCUAGAAAUAAAUUGUGUUGUUAACCCUACAAGAAAAAAAAUACAAAAAUGAAAAAAAAAUCAAAGCAAAAAUUGUAAGUAAAACUAAACUUACCGAUAACAAAGAGGAUUAACUGCAAUAAAUUUUGAUUCUACAAUUAAAAUUCCCACACGACCAAAACAGAUCGAAUACCCAAAUUUUGGCACAUAGAACUGAAAAGAAUCGUUUUCGCAGCAGGAGCAAAAUAAAAGCCGACACCAAACUCGCCUUUAACCAAUCGCCUUCCCAUUCUCUAAGAUAGAGAUUGCAGAUCGAUUCUAUCUAGGGGUGUUACCUACUCAUCGGUAACACUUCUGGUUACAUGUUGAUCUGGGGAAUCUCGGGGUCAAUGCAGGUCCAUAGUUUAGGCUGGUUUAUAACCAGCUUUCGAGACCUUUCUUGUGCACAGGAGAUUCUGGACAUGAGUAGAGAAAGCCAAUCCAUCAAUAGUGAAGUCCAACCACAUAUAGGGAGUGCUUAGUCAGAACAUUUGAACUGUACAAAAUCAGAGAUGGAAAAUGCAAAAAACUAGUAACCAACUUCAAUAUAAUUUUUAAUGAAAGACGAAACCUAAAUGUACAGAGCCAGAGAUAAAACGGGAGAAAUUAGGGAUAUGAAAGUAAAUAACUGCAAUUAAACAACAAGAACAGCUAAAUGUCAUUUUAUUUUUAAUUUACCCCACACAGUAAUAAAGGCAACACUCUUUGCAUAUACGUAAAUCAUAAUUUAAUUCAUUAAAAACUAUAAAAUUAAUUAGUAAAAUUGUAUACAUACACGAACACACAAAAUGAAGGAUUUUAAGAUAUAACGAACAAGUUUACUACAGUUUAAAGGCGUUUUAAUACUGAUUUACUAACCUUAAACGGAGGAAAGUUGAAGGAAAAUAAAAUACAGUUCGAAUUAAUUUUAAACCCAUUUCAAUAUUUUUGCAUAGUUGUAGUUUUUAUUUACAAUUUACAAUAAUUUACAAUGCUUUAGUGUGCUUUUAGUUGAAAUUGUGUUUAUAUGUUUAAUACGAAAGAGUAAAGUGAAAAGGCAAAUAAUAAUUAUAGCUAAGCGUAAUAAAAUCUAAUUAUUAUUAACAAACGUUUAUUCUAGUAGUUCUUUAUUGUAUUACCAUAAUAAUUAUUAUUUUGUUGUGUGCACCUCUUAGUCACUUUUGCGCUUAUAAGCUAAUCAAACAACACGCAAUCACUUCAAUGCCAAUCCCCAUCCCAAGUCCCCGACCCCCAAAAAAAUCACCCUUCCGCCAAACUCUAUUUGUGUUAAAUCUUUUGCAAUUGCUAGCCGAAUUUGAUCUUUGUUUGACCAUUACUUUGGAUUUGUAAAGUGUUUUGUUGACGGCGGAGCAGAGACGAAACGAAAUUAGUUGAUUUAAGCGUAUGAAUGGGAUUAAUGAACUUGAAUAUGAAUGCAUCCAAUAUCUAAAACCUUAUGCGUAUAUAAAUAUUGUACUAAUGUGUAAUUGUAAUUAAAUGCGUCGGAUGGAGAAUAUCUGCAGCCAGAUGGGUGGAGAAAACAGUGAACAUAUAUUUAACACACCAACGGUAAAGCUAGAAAAUCUAAAUAUACAUAGAUAUAUAUACAUAAUACCUAUACAUGAGCCUCAGAUCCGGGCAUAUAUAAGAGCAACAACUAUUUUAAUUAAACUUAAACAAAUGCAUAAACAAAUACAAUAAAAUAGAAGAUACAGCGAGAGCAACCACAAAAAAAAAUUGGAAUAAAAAUGAAGAAAGAAAACAAUAUUAACUUCAAAAUUUAUAUAGCUAACUGGAUAAUGUUCAAUAAAAAGCGAUAAUAUUAUUUUUAAA